AUGGACGUGCAUGGCAUUCAGAUGAACACACUGGUUCGAUUAUCGACCGUGCGCGCCCUGCGCACUGCCUGGCGGGCCUCCGCGACUCUCCAUGCCCCACUUCCCCGCUCAUCGAGGGCGGGUGUCGGCAGCGGACCCCUGUCCGCCCUCAGGGCCUCCCCCGCCGCCUCUGGCGUGACCACCGCGCCCGCGGGUCUCUCCAGCCUGGCCUCCCUCUCCUCCGCACCCCGCCUGGCCGCGCCCUUCCUCCCCUCGCGCCUCGCGUCCCCACCCCGGCGGUCCAUGGCCGCGCAUGCGGCGUCCGGCGGCGGCGGCAAGCGCAUCUCCCAAACCGACUUCACGGAGAAGGCGUGGGAGGCCAUCGUGUCGGCGCCCGAGGUCGCGCGCUCCUACAACCAGCAAAUCGUGGAGGCGGAGCACCUCUUCAAGGCCCUGCUGGAGCAGCCCAGCGGGCUGGCGCGGCGCAUCGUCAGCAAGGCGGGGCUGCAGCCUGGGCGCCUGCUGGAGUCGGCCGACGCCUUCCUGCGCCGCCAGCCCCGCGUCUCCGGCACCAGCGAGCAGGUGCUGGGGCGGUCGCUGGAGGGCGCGGUGGGGCGCGCGCAGGAGCUGAAGUCGCGCUGGGGCGACCAGUACGUGAGCGUGGAGGCGCUGCUGCUGGCGCUGGCGGAGGACUCGCGCUUCUGCGGCCCCGCCCUGCGUGACGCGGGGCUGACCCCCGCCCGGCUGGAGGAGGUGGUGCAGGAGGUGCGCGGCGGGCGCACCGUGACCGACCAGGACCCGGAGGGCAAGUAUGAGGCCCUGGCGCGGUACGGGCGGGACCUGACCCAGGCGGCGCGCGAUGGGAAGCUGGACCCGGUGAUCGGGCGGGACGACGAGAUCCGGCGCGCCAUCCAGAUCCUGUCGCGCCGCACCAAGAACAACCCGGUGCUGAUCGGGGAGCCGGGCGUGGGCAAGACCGCGGUGGCGGAGGGCCUGGCCCAACGCAUCGUGGCGGGGGACGUGCCGGCCAGCCUGCAGGGGCGCAGCCUGAUCUCGCUGGACGUGGGCGCGCUGAUCGCGGGCGCGAAGUUCCGCGGCGAGUUUGAGGAGCGGCUCAAGGCUGUGAUCAAGGAGGUGCAGGACUCCCAGGGCGCGGUGGUGCUCUUCAUCGACGAGAUCCACACCAUCGUGGGUGCGGGGAAGGGCGAGGGGUCCAUGGACGCGGGCAACCUGCUCAAGCCGCUGCUGGCGCGGGGGGAGCUGCGCUGCAUUGGCGCCACCACGCUGGACGAGUACCGCGAGAACAUCGAGAAGGACGCGGCGCUGGAGCGCCGCUUCCAGCAGGUGUAUGUGGAUCAGCCCUCCGUGGCCGACACCAUCUCCAUCCUGCGCGGCCUGCGCGAGCGCUACGAGCUGCACCACGCCGUCAAGAUCUCCGACUCCGCGCUGGUGGAGGCGGCGGUGCUCUCCGACCGCUACAUCGCCGACCGCUUCCUGCCAGACAAGGCCAUCGACCUGGUGGACGAGGCCGCCGCCAAGCUGAAGAUGGAGAUCACCUCCAAGCCCUCGGCGCUGGAUGAGGUGGACCGCAAGGUGCUCCAGCUGGAGAUGGAGCGACUGUCCCUGAACAAGGCGGCGCCCAGCGACAAGGGCGCGGCGGCGCGGCUGGCGUCCCUGGACGCGCAGCUGGGCACGCUAAAGGAGCAGCAGGCGGCGCUGUCCAGCGCCUGGGAACGGGAGCGGGACGAGAUGACCAAGGUGCAGUCGGUGAAGGAGGAGAUUGACCGCAUCAACAUCGAGAUCCAGCAGGCGGAGCGCGACUACGACCUGAACCGCGCCGCGGAGCUCAAGUACGGCACGCUGAUGGAGCUGCAGAAGACGCUGGCGGCGGCGGAGGACGCGCUGGCCUCCUCCGACACCGCCCACCGCAUGGUGCACACCGAGGUCACCGAGUCGGACAUCGCCGACAUCGUGGGGCGGUGGACGGGCAUCCCCGUCGCGCGCCUGGUCGCCUCCGACCGCGAGCGCCUGCUGCAUCUGGACGAGGCCCUGCACCGCCGCGUGGUGGGCCAGGACGAGGCGGUGUCCGCCGUGGCCGACGCCAUCCAGCGCAGCCGGGCGGGGCUGUCCGACCCCGCGCGCCCCAUCGCCUCCUUCAUGUUUCUGGGGCCCACGGGUGUGGGCAAGACCGAGCUGGCGAAGGCGCUGGCGGAGGAGAUGUUCAGCACCGAGGCCGCACUGGUGCGCUUGGACAUGAGCGAGUACAUGGAGAAGCACUCGGUCAGCCGGCUGAUCGGGGCGCCGCCAGGCUACAUCGGCUAUGAGGAGGGCGGGCAACUGACCGAGGUGGUGCGCCGCCGGCCUUAUGCUGUGGUGCUCUUCGACGAGGUGGAGAAAGCCCACGCCGACGUCUUCAACAUCCUGCUCCAGAUCCUGGAUGACGGCCGGGUCACCGACUCGCAGGGUCGCGUGGUCAACUUCAAAAACACGGUGAUCAUCAUGACCAGCAACAUCGGGUCGGCCACCAUCCUAGAGUCCAUGGAGCGCGACCCGGCGGACAUCAAGGACGCGGUGACCAAGCAGGUCCGCCUCCACUUCCGCCCCGAGUUCAUCAACCGCAUCGACGAGUUCAUCGUCUUCCAGGGUCUGCAGCGCUCCCAGCUGCGCAGCAUCGUGGAGAUCCAGGCGCGGCGCGUGGCAGAGCGCCUGGCCGAGAAGAAGAUGGGCCUGCGCCUGGAGCCCACCGCGGUGGACUACCUGGUGGAGCGUGGUUACGACCCCGCCUUUGGCGCCCGACCCGUCAAGCGGGUGGUGCAGCAGGAGCUGGAAACCGCGCUCGCCAAGGGCAUCCUGCGCGGUGACUUCCAAGAGGAGGACAAGAUCGUGGUCAAGGCCUCUGCGGACGGCACCCGCAUUGAGCUGUCGGUGGCAGGAAAGAAUGGCGCGACGGUGCCGGGUGACACAGUAAGCCCCGUGCAGUUGGUGCCGUGA